GGGGAGGAAAAGAGAUCUGCUCUGUCUGCAUCGCAUAACGAGCAACCCAUGACAAGUGUCAACUGAUUCGGCCACCACAUGUUUCCACGCGGACCUCCUCGCCCCUUCCCGCCGCCUUACGAUGUUCCCUACGACCAUCAGGCGCCGCCAUACGACAGCGGAAUGGACGCCAUGGGCUACGAGGGUCCGCCUUAUGAGGGAUCUGGACAUUUCCGGCCUCCUCCCUCGUCUGGCGGAUGGUACGAAUGCAGUGGCUGUGUGAUGCCGAGAGAUAAAUGUGACUCAUGCGACUCAUGGAACCCAUGUGUGUGCAGGUUCCCCCGUCGCGGCCGUCCUCCCCCUCCCCCGCCACCCCCGCCGUCGAGUGUGAGGAUCCAGGCGGUCGCUGCGACGGUCAUCAAGGGCGUUGGUGGCGAUGAGAGUGCCCUCACGCCAUGCCCCAAAUGUGGCGUGCCCAUGGCUGUCAAGAUCAGAAUGGUCAGACGACAUGGAGGGGAUGGGAGAGGAAGCGAUGGGACAUGGAAUGUGCGCGCAUUGGCCGUUGCGUGUCUUCGCUCAGGCCCCGUGCUAUCACGUCAUGUGCGGAGCCUGCGGCCUCAAGUCAAAGGAGUCCAAGAAAUGCAUCGUGUAAGGCAGACAGCAAGAUGCAUGGCAUGCACCAAUGAACAUGCGCAGCUCUAGCGAUCGAUGGAGUGGAUCACCGAUGUAUGGGUGUCUGGUCUGCAGGUGCUACCAGCCCAUCAAGUAUAUCGAGUCGCUCAGCCCCUCUGUGCGGUGGUACAUCUGCAAGCGCUCCGGCAGGGCGUUCGCCACCGCCAAGGACCUGGCCUACAGCGACUUCAUCGAGCACGGUCUCACGCAGCGGCUGAUACGGCGCAAGAAGGCCCUGCUGCGCGAGCGGGUGGAGGGGCCCACCAGGAGGCCCAAGGCGCGCUGGGACAAGCAGGAGGACGACAGCCUGGACCCGGACGAAAUGUUCAACUUUGAACGUGAGUGCCUGUGUGAGUGGGCCAGCAAGAUCUGCUGGAUUUCAUCGUCUGUGUCAGGUUUCCUCGAGGCCCCCGCUCCAUCGCAGCCGUCUGCUGCUGCACCCGCCCCUCCCCCCCAGCCCCCACGCAAGCGCCCGGCCGACCAGGCAUUCGAGUCGGGCUUCACGCAUCCAGCAGCCAAGGAGCCCAAAGUGGAGGCUGCUGCGCCGAAGUACAUGCCAGCGGCCAAGAGCAAACCCGCCGUCAAAGCGUGAGAUCACCGAAAAGACACGGGAGGGUGUCUCUCCUUCGCUUGCACAUGCCUGUGUGUGUGUGUGUGUGUGUGUGUGUCAGAGCCCCCAUGAGGCCACCUGCUGCACAGCGACCGGCUCAGGCGACGGCCCCGCUUCCCCAGCUGGUCCCCGUUCCGCCCGCCCAGCCGGUGUCUGCGGGCGGUCUGUCACCCAUCUCGCCUGGGUCAGGUCACUCACCUGAAGGGCCGCCGAAGGCAGGCGACAUGAUGAUGGACGACCUGCUCGGACUGGCCAACCAGCAGCAACAACAGCAACAGGUGUGUGGGUGUGGGUGUGGAUGUGAAAGGGAUGGAGGGGUCUCCUCCAGUGAGUGAUGAAACCUUGUCUUGCCUUGUGUGUGUGCUGCGUCUAUUUGUCUAUCCAUUAUCAGCAUGCGGGUGCCGCCGCGCCAUCUGCAGCAGCCGGCGGCGGUGGUGCCAAGAAGGGCGGAAUGACGAUGGCCUCCAUGUUUGCCAAUCAGGGCAUGGGAGACGAUGACUUCGACCUCUGAAUGAAUGGAUGACUGAGACAGACAGACAGACGGGAAACCACAGAAGGACGGGAGGUGUCUGCGUCUGGGUCGUGGCCGUGACGAUCAAUCGAUCGAUCGACCCUUGUCUUGUCUCGAGCUUGGUCGGGUGGAUCAUCGCCACACGGGCUUGUCACCACACGAAUCUUGGGUGUCGUGUGGUGAUGGGUGUCAGCUGGAGGGAUAUGGGCAAGUGGAGGGAAGGAGGGAUGCAUGGAGGGUGGGUGAUGGACAAUGCUGCUGCUGUGUUGACUAUCUGCUUCGAUGGGUGGCUGGCCACCGUUCACUGCGGGGCGGGGAUGUCUGAUCAUUCACUGGCUGGGGUUACUCGCCUGGUGCCAGAUAUCAUGCCUUCGCACUGGACGGGAGGUCGCCUCUCCAAUUGUAUCAAGAAGGGAUGCGCUCACCGUCGGUGAGACAUUGAGUGAAAAUCCAAUCGUGUCAUCGGUCUGUCUGUCCCGAACACAUAGCCAGCGACAUGCCCUCAAUCGUAG